GCCAUUCGUGUGCGCGCCGCCGAUCACGUCGUGCCUCCGCCGCCCCUGACCGCAACCGUUGUUCAUUUCAAAUUUUAAUAAUCGGUUAGUGCCUGCGUAACGAACUUUUAAAGGAUUUCUCUGUGCACGUGUGAUUUCUGUGGUGCUUCUUCGACAGUUACCUACUGGCCAACAAACCAAGAAUUGUAACCUAUUUGUAAUAGAUACUUUAUUGGUAUUACCAAUUAGCACUUGUGGCACUUGUGUGUUGUGAACAUUUCCUUAUCACGAGACUCUCACAGAAACGGAAAGUUAUACGAAAGUGCACAUCGACUAUUGGGCGACGUUCAUUUGUUUGGUGCCUACUUUAGUAUUGAUGUCAGUCAGCACCUUGGGUAAUGGAUAGCCACAGUCGCUCCGCGUCGCCGGGCGCGCCGGCGCGGCCGCAGCACCGGCCCCCGUCGCCGCCGACGCCGCCGGCGCCCGGCGUCGACAACCGCGCCUUCCAGCCCGACGACCCCAACCACAACGACUCCUUCGCCUCCAACCACACGCACCAGAAUGGCCAUACCAAGGAACUCAAUGGCGACACGAAGACUUUAGAAGCGGUCAACUUGGAACUCAUCAAUUUACAACCUAGAAAUGGGAACACGAAAAAGAAAGAUGUCGAAGUAGACAUGAAUGUAACGAACCCAUAUGAUGAAUAUUUUGUACCAGUCAACGAGCACAGGAAGUAUAUGCGAGGGGAGAAGUUGUACGUGACAGCAGACAAGCGUGGCGAGAAGGGCGGCUGCAAGCGGCCGCUGUGCUGGACGCUGAUCGGGCUCAUCGUGGCCGCCGUGGUCGCGCUCGUCGCGCUCGCCGCCACUGGUGUUUUAUUCACUAAUUCCCCGACACCAGUGGAACAGUACAACGCGUCCGUCAGCUCAGCACGGGCACUCGGCGGCAUCGGGCAGGCGUCCCACCACGACCACGACCAUCACCACGAUCAUCAUCACGGUCACAACCACGACCACACACACCACGACGACCAGACCCUGGACGCAGAAACGCCGGACGUACCACAACAAGUUGGCAACGGUCAAGACGAGACAACGACUCACGAAAGUGAUGAAGAAUACGACCAACCCGAUGCCGAAAAUAAUAAUGAUUUUUCAAUGUAUGUACCUAAAGUAAUGGAGGGCGAAUUGAAAAUAGAAAACGAAGACUUCCCAGCUGCGUUUUACGAUCCUGGAAGUAAUGAGAACAAACAAUUUACAGAAGAUUUUACCCAGGCACUAAAAGAAGCCCUAUUCGGGGUGGACUCGAUGAACAAUAACGGCAAUGACGUUGUAGUAGAAAUAAUCAAGCCCAGGAAAGAUUCUGGCAUCAUAAUGUACAGAAUACAUUGGAAAUCAGCGCUUAGUAACGAUCCAAACAAUGAGUUAAGCCCUAAUCAAAUGAAGGCCGACUUGGAAAAAUAUCUGGUUAGACAUAAUAGGAUGAUAAACCUUUAUCAUGUUGCCAAAGACGGAAUAAAAGCGAGGAGAGUUCUGGAUCUAUGUCAAAUCAAUAAAAAUAAUUGUGAUUACGGCUGCGAGUUCGAUGAAAGUACCUUAGAUUUUACAUGCACUUGUCCACAAAAUCAAAUGCUAGAUAUCACAGACCCUCACAGGUGUAUAUCAACUAAUGAACCAAAUUCGGCGGAUGACGCAACUCAUAAAACAAAUAACGCUUUCGUAAAUUCGGAUUCUGACCAAACCACGAUUAACAUCAACAUCGAAAAUAAUAUGCAUAACACACGCCAUUCAGAUGGCAAUGUUUUCGACUGGAAAGAAACUCAUACUGUGAUGUUAGAAACGACCACCGCCACGGAUCCCGAUCUUAAAUUUUCGCAUAUAUUUGGUCACGAAAACAACGCUGAAAAUGAACAAAAUAUGGCGAUUACGGACUCAAGUACUGAAAGUAAAGAUACAAGCAAACCUGUCCUCCAAGCAGAGCCCGAAUCUUCAUCAGAGCCAGAACCAGAACCCACAUCAGAACCAGGACCUACUUCUGAACCAUCGCUUGAAUCGUCGCCUGAACCAUCUUCUGAACCAUCGUCUGAACCGUCGCCUGAACCAUCUUCUGAACCGUCGCCUGAACCAUCUUCUGAACCGUCACCUGAACCAUCGCCUGAACCAUCUUCUGAACCAUCGUCUGAACCUUCUCCUGAACCGUCACCAGAACCAUCUUCUGAACUAUCGUCAGAGCCAGAAGCAGAACUAUCUUCAGAAUCCGAAUCCGAAUCUUCUUAUGAACCAGUGGCAAAACAACAUUUGGAAUUGAGACCUAAACCAUUUUCGGAACCAGUACCUGAACCCACUUCAGCACCGGAACCUGAAUCUUCUUCUGAACCAGCACCUGAAACAAAAUCGGAAAUUGAACCUAAACCUACGUCGGAACCGGAAGUUUCCUCCGAGCCAAAACUUUCAAAAACAGAGGAAAGCCUUGCGCCCAAAGCAGUGGUAGAACUUGAAACUUCUCCAGUGUCAGAACUAAAUACGACAUCAUUACAUUCCGAAGAAGAACAUACCUCUGAACUAAGAACAACACCAGCACCAAUUGCAGUGACUACGCCAGAUCUCGAAGUAAAGGUAGAUACGGGACUAGUUUCCGAAUCAAAAGAUGAACAGGAGUCAGUAACAGACAGUAAUGAUAGUAUGCCUGAUCUCACAACAGAAUCUAAGAUAGUUUCGAAUUCUAUAACUGAACCAAACCAUAUUGUAAAACAGGGACAAGGUGAAGAGUCAGCAACUCAAGAUGAAAGUGUAACUAAGCCCACAAUGCAAAUAUUUAACUAUAAUCCAAUAGUGGAAUCUAAGUCACCACCACAAUACGAAACUACGACAAGGGAAAAUACAAAAGAAAUAGCGACUGAAUUAGCAGUUAACCCUGAUUUGAUAUAUGACUCCAAAUCAAAAUUAAUUACGGUAGAAAGUAGCACAGAAAACAAUUUUGAAAAGGAAUCUGAAACAGAACCCACGAAAAACGGUGAAAACAAUUUGUCAGAUGAAUCAAUGGAUGUCACAAACGUGAUGUUCUCUCCUAUCAACGAUUUAGAUGUUAAAAUAAAUGAGGAUGAUAAAAAAGUUUUUACAACAACAGAACCUUCGUUGGAAGCUAAUACAGAAUCAUCAAUUUUGAAACAGAACAAGCAACAAGAAAAUAACUUACAUUUUAUAAGUUCGAAUGGUGACAAUGAUUGGCUUCAGUAUGAUAAGAACAAAACCACAACUGAAAAUCAUAACUUAAAGGACGAUGAGUCUGAAAAGAUACAUGUCGCUGGCCUAGGUGCUACCGACCGUUCUAAUGCAACCGAAGACGAGCUGUCAUUCGAAUACAUUGCAAAGAAUAAUGAAGUUCCAAGCGAAAUGGAUGACGAGGAAACUAAAACUACGUUGGCCCCAGCAGUGCACGCUGAUAGUGAAAAUACAUCUGAAAGUAAAAAUCGAGCCGAAUUGCAGGACAUUCAAUUAAAUCACCCGGUAACGGAAUCUUUAAACAACGACAAUGUGCCUUCAAAAAACGAGGAAAUUAUAGAAAAUGAGCAUUUGAUUGAAUCUCUAGACAAAAAACCUACACAUGUUUCCCAGACCAAUGGAGAAGAACCAUCAAACGAACCUUCCGAUAUUUCUUUUGAUUAUAUCAUUAAUCGUUCUUCAAAGUCUAUUGAAGAACAAAAUAGUACCGCUAUGACAUCAAAAGCAACUGUUGAACAAAGUACUACUACAAACGAUUCUGAUUGGGUACGUGUAUCAGUAACUGAAAUAAAUUAUGCAAAAACGUUCAGCAAAAUCCCGGAAGGUGCCGAAACUACAACGGUGAAUGAAUUAGAAGAUAUAAUCAAUCCUGGGAUGUCAAACGAAGAUUUUGAACCAGAUUAUUUGAACAAUAUGGAUAAAACUACCACUAAAGUACCAGAACAGUAUGUACCAAUGUAUAUUUCUCAUGACUAUGACAAUGAAGAAUUACGCGUGAAACGAGUUAACGAAGAAGCAAAAAAUAAUACAAAUCUCCCGGUUACCACGGAACCGGCGGAAACGUCAAAAAUGAGCGACCGUAGUGAAACCACCACUGUUAGUGAAUAUAUUUAUAGAACAACUGAACAAUCUUUCCUAAGUGACAGUGCCAACAUAACAAGUACUCCGAAAGAUAUAAACAAAACUGAACCAGCUCCCGUUUGGGAGGAGUCAGAUAAUGACAUACACUUACUUAACAUAGAAUCUACAGAAAAGAAUACGUUACGCACCAUUAAUCAGACACUUAUAAUCGCAAGUACAGAAAGUAUACCAGACAUCACAACGCCUAUAAACAAUUUCAAUGUUACGAUAUAUGAAAUACCAGCCCUUGACAAUAACACAUUCCCUACGACAAAACACAUGAACUCCCAUUCUACGGAAUAUGAUGACCAUGAAACAGAAAUGAACCCGUUUUUACCAGAAAUAGAAAAUAAUAAAAGUCUUGUCAAAAAACUACAAGAAGGACACGAUUUAGAGCCGACUAACCCCAACGACAAACAAAAUGAGAACAAUGAUGAUCAUUCUAUAUCAACUGAACGUCAAAUAAAUACAAAAAGCAAUUCAAGCGAGAACCUAAAUAUAAUGAAUAAUGAAUACACUACUAUCGGACCUAAAGUAACGUUCACCGAUAGUAAAAUUGUACAUUUAAAUUCUAGUACCACUUCAGACGUUACAAAUAAAACCAAUUUACUUAGUCAUAAAAGUGUAUUUGACAAAUCACGGAGCCAAAACGAGGAUAUUCAGCCUAUUUCAACAUUCCUAAUUGAUACUGAAGACUUAGGCAAGGAACGCACUACUGUUUCUAGUCCUAUUAUGGUAAAAAAUAUUUUAGAAAAUGAUUCGUCUAGUCCAGCGUCUGCAAAAGAAAAAACAACAUUGAGCACAAAAAAUAAUGCAAAUGGUAACAAUAACAUGGAAUUAUUAAGUGUUCUUCCUCUUCAUAACCAAGAUGAAGCAAAAGUGCCUGAGAAAAACUUUAAAAGUGAAAAUAUUCUGGAACUUAAUGACAUAAGGACAUUAGAUGUAACCAAAUAGAAUGACAUAGGUACUCACGUAUGCAAUAUAAGCGAAUCGGUGCCCAUUGUCAUACUUAGGUACAUAGGUAUAAAUGACAAAUGGUUCAUUGAUGACACUACUCUUGUAUGUGUAAAAGAAAAGCUCCUGCCACGAAUAUACAGAACCGCGGGUCCCUUUGGAAAUUAUACCGAUUUUAUAAGGUAUGAAACACUUAAAACAGGAACCUGAUUUGACACGCAGGUAUCCCAUGUUGCUGUUUAACAAAAAUCAAUCAAUUAUUAAAAUAUUGUACUCUCCGGCAGAAAUCAUACAAACUGACAAACAUGUAGCUGUUAUAGGUACCCAUAGAAAAAAUAGAAGUGUAAACGAGUAAUGUGACUUUUUUCUCCGCCUCCUUCCUAUUGUGUACUGAUUUGUAAUUACUUUCCUAUGUACAUUCAUUCAUAUUCAUGAUGUAUUUACAUGCAUUCUGCUGUUGCGACCAUAUUUAAACCUAAAAACUUAAUAAUUUAUAGAGGAUUCAGUUUUGUACUUACUUAGUGAUUUAUCGAUACAACUGUCAGUCAUGCAGCUAUAGUUGGCAAUAAAUAGUUUCUUCCGUAUCAGUUGACGAGUCGCUAUGAAAUUAAGCAUCUUACGAGUAUAGUCAUAGAACUCUUGAGGAAGAUUUCAGCUAUCGAUUUUGUUCUCCAUGUUAAUGAAGGAACCGACAACAAACUCAUCCGCGCCUGACGGUCAUUUCAACACACGAACUGUGUGUGUUGUACCCGUUGCAUAUGUUAAGAAAGAAAUGAACUAUUUGUACAUUAGACUAGUCACAUUUGAAGUCAAUCUCUAGCAAAAGUAGCGUUUAUCGGUGACAUGGGAUUAAAUGCCGGAUAGACAGGAAGGACGCUUUUAUAUCACCGACAAAUGCUGCCUGGCUAGCCCUGUUGCGUAGGUACACUGUAACAUAAUGAUGGUCUCUAAUAUGGACGCGUUUAUGUGUCUUAUCGCUGUAAAAUAUUCAUUGUACUUUAAAAUACAUAGAUUUAAGUAGAUGACAAAAACGCGAUCAAUCUAUGCUUACCUAAUAAUAAUUAUAUAAUGCUUAAUGAAAUUUUGCAUAUUUUAAUCGACUUGGUUAUACCUAGUCAUUGAAAAUGCAAGCCUUAAUUCGGUAGGUACCUACAUAUAAGUUACCAUACGCCUACAUCACACUUCUUUAAUUUGUUAUAGCUGUGCCUACGUAAUAAAAUGUAACCUAAUGAAAUUAAACUUUAUAAUAACUGAUCUAGCAUGUAUUAUAUAUACGUUUUUGAAUAUAUUUAAUCUCGUGAUAGUCUGUGGAUGCUGCUAUAGGCGUCUCGUUAAAUAAAAGCGAAUUAAAACCUUAGGUUAUUCAUCAAUAAAUUUAUCUCGUUAUCAUAGGUAUAAUAUCUAUGAAUAUAGUUUCGAAUGCAGCCAAACGGUUGUUGCCUACACUUCCUGGGGGAGUAUAUCGUUGUUGCGGUCAGUCAAUGACCUCAUCAAUUAUCUUAAUUAAGGUAUUUAAGGUGAGGUAGACGAAGGCCCACAUACCUAUAUAAAACUUUAUAUUCGAUUUUAUAUAGAAAAGUUUUCGUAUUCGUAGUCUAUUAGGCGUUUAGAUCUAGUAACACCUAAAACAUUGCUAGAGCUGUUACUGGCUCAUAUAUUACCUAUAGCAAUGUCACCGGUCAAAAAUUUAAGCUAAUGACAUUACUACGUACAUAUAUGUUUACACGAAUAUAUAAAUUUCUAUCGAUCGAAUAUCGAAUCGACCUUGACCUGCCUCAAAUUUAUAAUUUUAGUAACCUACCCUUAAGGGUUUUAUCGAAACAUGCUGUUAAGAUUUAAGAUACCUAUAUUACCUAUGCGUGAAUACUGUCUCUGCCAUUUCGUGAUGUGAUAACUUGCGCAGUAUAGUUGUUCGAUUUGUAGCUGGCCCCGACGGGCUAAUCCUUUGUCUAUUGUUAAGUGAAACUGCACGUGCUGCUACUACCUGCAUAAAAAAUGGUCGGCCACUUGAACCGGUUUUUGAAUUACGACUCCUAUGGAAAUUGCAAUAAGAUUCAAAAUGAACAAAUGGAAAAAUAAUUUGUGAUAUCUUGUGCGGUCCCUCUACGGUUACUGAGUGCCGGCGAGUAGAACGCUACAGAACCAGUCUAGAAGGUGUCCUUGAGAUGCGUAACAAAUACGCGUUAUCGGAGAGCGCACCUACACUGGUUUUUUGAGCGUUGGACUAGCCCGCGCUCAGGUGUCAAUUAGAAUUAUACGACCCUUUUUUUUGCAGGUAGUGACACGUGCCGUUUUACUUAACAAUAGACAAAGGAUUAGCCCGUCGGGGCCAGCUACAAAUCGAGCGACUAUAAAUGAAUAUAUUAUAGCGGUAACAGAUGCCGCCACAUGGAUAGUAGCUGGACGUAAAUAAGGUACCUACUACUUUUAUUAUAUUACUAAGUGAUAUAGUGAGAAAGUGAGGUCCGACUGUAAUUAUUAUUAUAGUAUUUGUUAACGUAGAUAUAUUUUGUAUAAUAUGGUUGAAAUUGUAAAGAAUUAUGUUGUAAAUAAAACUAAAGUUAGUUAAAA